AUGGAGCAAACCAUGAAUAGGCGCUACCUUCCCGGGACCUUUGGCUGGGCGCAGUUCGGAACUAUCCACGUACCGUACAUCUAUCGUAACUCACAAAAAUACAUGUGCGUACGUAUGUUGUUUGCGGAGCCGGUGCUCUUCAAAUGCCGCAACUUCAUGCAUCCGGAUAUCUUCGCCCUUUGCGGCCAUAUGACCAGACUACCCAUCACCUCUUCCGAGAUGCGCCUCCUGAACGAAAUCAAUCGCGAUCACUGCGAUGGUCAAUUUAGCAGCGAGAAAUUCACCCUACGCGAUACCGUCAUCCAUAUAAUUGACGCCUAUGAGUUCUAUCUGUUUUUGGGCUUUUGCUGCAACAAACUAACUCGCGGCAGCAGGUUUCCCUGGGAACCGUGCAGUUUUAUACGCAUUGCCGGUAGCUUUUUGGUGCCCUACAUUGUGCGUAAUAACCAGAAGAUUAUGCCGAUCUUCUUUUUCACGCGUGAGUCUGAACCCCUGCAGUCCAACGAGGAGCCGGUCACUGGAUGGGAUCUGUCCUAUAUGAAGUUUUGCUGCCGUCUACUGAACAUACGAGAGGAGCUCUGCUCCGGCGAUCAUUUAACUGCCAUUUCUUUAAAUGAGAUCGAGGACGCUUUUCCCAGCGGAUAUGACUGUGAGGAGUGUUGGCCAUUUUAG